AUGGCUGCUCAGCGUGCUUCUGACCAGGUCAAGCCUGAUGACAGUGCGAGUGGUGUUGGAUCAUGGUCGGCAGUUGCAGAAGGUCAGGGAACGAGCUCACAAGCAGGGGCUGCUCAGCCGAAAUCUGCAGCUCCUGCACAGAUGCCAGCUCAGACUGUUUGGGAGGAGGACAGCAGCGAUGAUGAUGCGCCGCCACCUACGUUCACUAUGGGUGGCCCUGCAGAAGCUCCUCCAGCCCCGAGCGGGCCGUCAGUCCUUCAGUGGGGCACAGCUCCAGCUAUGCAGGCUGCAAAGAACCUGCUCGGGAACCAGAUCCCAAAGUCUUCGAAGCUUGCCCAGCAUGCCAAGGCCAAGGGUCACCGCUCGGUACGCUGGGGGCAAAUGCCGAGUCAGAACGCUCUGAGUCCUCAAAAUGUUCAGCUGCCACCCUUUGUUAGGCAGCUGGGAUCGGGGAAGGACGAGAGAUCAGUUCUGAUCAUUGACAGCAGAGACAUGAGGAUCACGAGCCCAUUUCAGGGCUGGCUCUUGGACGAGAUCCUUUUGAAUGCCCAAUCGGGUAUCAACAUUUUGUCAGAUCGCCAGUUGCUGCGCUCGCCCAACAAUGGCUACCACAUGAAUCUAUUCUAUGUGCGUGCCAUGGUACAAGUUCAUCCUGGUUGGAUCAAUGCCCAGCUAUGGGACAGUGCCUUGCGCUCGCUGGGACUCUGCCACAGGGGGUGUCCUAUCUCCUAUCAUAUGCUGCGUUCCAGCCCUUCCGGCCAGUUGCUGCUCCACCUGGAGAUGAGGGGUUACCGCUCGAACCAGGACAUGACGGUGCAGCUCAACUACAUCAACGAUGGGUUGAUCACCUCCCUCCGGGACGAGCUCUUUGUGCCGGCGGUGGUGGUGACGAUCUUCAUCGGUUGGCGCGUGAUCGCAGUGAGCUUUGAAGUGGGUGGCAGGAUCUGUGCCUGCAGUGAGCAAGGGGUGGUUGUGGCCCUUGACUUCCCGCUCUAUUCCGCUCAGCUGGAGAUUAAGUUGACGUGGCAUGCUCUCAGAAUCAACGUGCCAUCGACUUGGCUCACCUUGUCGAGAGUGUCUGGGCCUACGCUCGUGCAGAAUGCCAAGUGGUCCAAGAGUGGUGCAGUGGCAGUUGACACCCAUCAGAACAACUUCCACCUCACCUGCGACGAAGCUCCGUUCCUCCAGGCUCAGAAAGUCAUCGUCCCAAAGGAGGCGAUCGCCCUGCAGUUCCACGAGCCAAAGGAUGAGCAGAAGGCCUUGGUCGUUCCUCCUGUUCUUGGCGGACCAGCGGCGAUUCCAGCUGAUCAGGUCUCGGGUCAGUUGAGGGCAUUGACUGGGCCCUCCAAUGCUCCUUUGCCAGUGGCUCCACCCAGCGAUGGGCCGAUCUCGGUGACAGAGGCUGGACAAGCUCCACAAGCAUCUGCUCCAGGCGGAGGAGUGGUGCACGUCCACCGUCGGUCCUUGGAUGCUCGAAGGGGUGAGUCACUCGCAGAUGCAGCAGUGACCCCACUGGAUCAAGUCAGGGCAGUUCAAGGAUCCUCUGGCGGUGGCUCCACGUCGUCAGUACCCCGCUCGUUUGGUCCUGAGCCGGUGGUGGAAGAAGUGGACGAAUGCUGA